AUGGCGAUGGCGGCAAGGUUCGAUCUCGAACUGAUCCAAUACGACGCUGUCAACGCGUUCGUAAAUGCCUCUCUUGAUGAGGAAGUCUUCAUGAAGAUGCCACCAGGCCAUAGGAAACACGGGACCGUAUUGAAGCUUAACAAAGCCCUUUACGGAUUGAGGAAAUCACCAUUGCUGUGGCAUCGAGAGCUCACCAACACGCUCAAGAAGCUCGGCUUCAAGCCAGUGCCACACGAGCCCUGCUGCCUCACCCUCAACGGAAUCAUCGUUUUCUUCUACGUUGACGACAUCGUCUUCGCAUAUCAGCGAAAGAACGAGUCGAGGGCGCAAGCCCUGGAAGCACAAAUGCGUGAGAAAUACCAGCUGACAGGUGGUAACAGCCUUCAGUGGUUUCUUGGCAUCGAGAUUCUUCGAGACCGCGAGAAAGGCUUCAUUUGGCUAUCACAAGCCUCAUACAUCGACAAGAUCUCGCGCCUCGCGAAGAAACACAGGAGCUUUGACACCCCGAUGGGGGUCAACGAACUUUUCCCAUUCAACGGCAUUGCUUCAUUUGCUGACAUCAAUUCGUACCAAGUGAAAAUAGGCUCCGUGCUAUACGCUGCGGUUAUCACGCGCCCAGACAUCGCGUUUGUAACUUCAAAGCUAUCAAAGUUCAACCCCAACCCGGGACCCAAACAUCACGAAGCGGCCGACCGCGUGAUCUGCUAUCUGCAGCAGACAAAAGGACUGGCGCUCCGCCUGGGGGGUGGGGACGAUUUCGAAGUGGCAAGCGAUGCCUCUUUCGCCGACAACUCAUCAGACCGCAAGAGCUCUCAAGCUUUCGCAAUGAAGCUAUUUGGAGGCCUCAUCGGCUGGCGAGCAAACAAACAAGACACUGUCACCACUUCAACCACAGAGGCGGAGCUACUUGCCCUCUCACAAGCGGCAAAGGAAUCGAUAUACGUGAGCCGCCUGAUCCGAGAACUCGACGUAAAACUCGACCACUCUCGAAUCAGCAUCCAAUGCGACAACACGCAAACAAUACGCAUCGUAACCGCGGAGGUGGCAACGCUACGAACCAAGCUGCGGCACGUCGACAUUCACAACCACUGGCUUCGCCAAGAAAUCACGAACGGAACCCUCGAAGUCAAAUACACACCAAGCGCCGAGAUGAUGGCCGACGGUCUCACCAAGGCCCUCCAAGGACCCAAGUUCCAAGCCUUUGUCAACCAAAUCGGCCUCCACGAUAUCUCCGACCGCCUUGCGUCACGAGAGCUCCCCGAAUCGACCGACUCAAUACUUCAAGAACAAUCUUACAAGAUGUGGGAGGACCAAGUUGUGUAA